CAAAACCUCACCCUCUAAAUUCUCUCAGUUUCCAGAAAAUGCUCAAAAUAGAAGAGUAAACGAGGAAGGGAGAAGGGUUCAUCGUCACUGACCUCCACCGCUUAACUACUUUGACAUAGCACUCUGCCAGGUGCCUGGAUAUGUUUACCUUAAAACUUUCUAAGCUUGGAGCGCAUGCCAUCAAGAAUUGUCUUAAAGCUCAAUUGGCUUCUACAGCAAGGACGUUGCGUGUCCCUUUGUGUCAAAAUGAAAAUUUGCUGCCUUUGAUACAUCAAAGGUAUUCUACUGCAGCACCUGAUAAGGCUUUCCAGAAACAAAAUGAAGAAAAAGAAAAAAUAUCUGUGACAUUUGUAGACAAGGAUGGAGAAGAGAAGCAUAUUAGGGUUCCUGUAGGAAUGUCAAUGUUAGAGGCUGCACAUGAAAAUGACAUAGAGCUCGAAGGAGCAUGUGAAGGAUCCCUUGCAUGUUCCACUUGCCAUGUGAUUGUGAUGGAUCCAAAUCAUUACAAUAAACUGGAAGAUCCAACUGACGAGGAGAAUGAUAUGUUAGAUCUUGCUUUUGGCCUCACUGAGACAUCACGACUGGGCUGCCAAAUAAUUGCACAUCCAGAUAUUGAUGGAAUUCGAUUGGCACUUCCUGCUGCCACGCGAAAUUUUGCUGUUGAUGGAUACAAGCCAAAACCGCAUUAGAUACGCAUUCAACUCGGAGACUUCCCUUUAUUUUUGAGUGUAGGACAGGCAUCUGCCAGUUUUGUAGCGUUUCCAGUGCAAUAGGUGAUAUACACGGUUGUUGUCCUUCCAAACUCUUUGACGAUGUAUGACUAUUCCAUUUCAUACUUUGGAUACAAAACCACAUGAAUAAAAUGAUAAUUUCAAUA